CUUCAAUUCGAUAUGGGGUAUCUGCCUCUGUAAAAGCACGCGACCAUCGUCUCCCAUUGACUUUAGUCUCUUUCAGCGCAUAGAAGUCCCUGCUACAACUUAGAAAUGCGACGGAUAUAUGCACAUAGUUCAUACCUGCGGAAUCGCAAUACUUUGCCGUUCUCGAAAUUUCCCAUUCCCGCCAAUCGUCGCGCCAGUUCUCAAUCGCGUCCCGCAGAGCAGGAUUCAGAUCACCGUGAAGAUCCCGUAAAACAGAACGGAGAAGCUACAGCUAAGAUGCAAGGAAAGAAAAAGAAAACAAUGGCAGAAUUAGACGCUGAACUGCAACAGAGGAUGUCGGGUUUAUCUGGCGAUGGCGGUGAAGCUGGAGUCGAGUACGAAAAUGGGCAACCAGUCGCGAUGAAGCGAAGCGUGCGAAAUAACAUGUUUCGUUAUAUCUAAACUAUACAUUUCAAGCACAAUUUAGAUCCAAUUUUUCAGCUUGAAUUUGAGACGAGAAAGGUAUUGGUUAAUGAGUACCUAAUGUGACACCCUACCAGCCUUUCCUUACCGAUUGACACUUUGCAAUAAUCCUAUCACAUCUACAGUUUUUCUAACGUAUUUUAUUAACAU